AGCAGGGUAGCCAUUUUUCCUCAAACUAUUCCGCGUCGGGAAAGAGUGUGGCUCGUAUUUCAGCGCGUCGUUAAACUACAAGUGUUUUAAUUUUCCGAAAGGAUACAACCAAGUGUUCCGCCGUAUUGGACAUCGUAAUUCGAGUUGGUAGAAAGCAAGAAUAAUACGAUGAGUGGAUACGCACGCCCGCCUCCAAGAAUAGAUGGAAUGAUUUCAUUGAAAGUUGACAAUUUAACGUACCGCACUACACCGGAUGACUUGAGACGCGUAUUCGAACGUUGCGGUGAAGUGGGUGAUAUUUACAUUCCCCGCGACAGACACACACGCGAAAGCCGUGGUUUUGCUUUUGUCAGAUUCUAUGACAAACGCGAUGCCGAAGACGCACUAGACGCUAUGGAUGGACGCAUGUUGGAUGGAAGGGAGCUUCGCGUCCAGAUGGCACGUUACGGACGGCCAACAUCACCACAACGACGCGGGAAUCGAUACAAUGGACGUGAAAGAGGACGCUCCCGCGAACGGUAUCGCCGUCGUUCUCGAUCGCGUAGCCCCGAACAUCGUCGUCGAUCUUACUCUCGCUCCAAAUCACGCACACCACGCUCCCGUUCCGGAAGUAAAUCGUCCCGAGGCAAGGAUUCCCGCUCUCGUAGCCCAGCCGAACGUGGACAUUAUUAGUGGGUGUGUGAGAAAAUUCAUAUAAGAUCAUACAUCUACCGAACAAUGUGUGAUGAGAUCGUUUAUUUUUCUUUCAACCUGACGACAUACGCUCCACACACAAGAAGGGCAACAAUUUGCGGUUAAUGCAGCUGCUGCCCGUGCAGAUUUGCCCAUCCGGUCACUACUUUCCUUCCUGUGUCUUCUUCUAAGCGCUGUCCAAUUUUGCAUCGAGUUCGAUGAGAUCGAGGGAGAGAUGUUUGGCAGAAGAGAAGGCGCGGAGGAAGGCGAACAGAGAGUGAGAGAGCGUGCGGGAUCUGCGAACGUCUUCCAGCCGCUGAUCCUCGUGCCCGUAUGUUCUGCCGGGAGCGGGGUUACAUGUGUCCUUGUGUGUGCAGGUAUUGCGGCCGUAUAUUGAUUCCUUAUGCGCUGCAACCUCCGCGAACGGACGCUUGCUGUGGUGUUGAUGUUGAUGAAGGUGAACGUGGGGUUAUUCCGGCCAACGUCGCAGUCACAUGUUGGAGCAGAAGGCGAAGAUGGUGCGCGAUGCUGGAGAUGUGGUGUGCCGAGUGCCACAGAUGAUGAUCGUCCGCUUCCUCGCUGGGUUGUUCCGCUGCAUUAGGAAAAAAGAGAAGCGAGAAGCGUAUGAAGUAGAAAAAAGAAUCACUGAGAGGGGAGUCAUUCAUUCAUCCGCUUCAACAGAGCAGGUAGAUGAGAUUUUUGAGUUUUGAGAGAGCGUAAGUGGAUGGUCCCAUUUUGCAGGCUGGCGGUUUCCGGUUUAUCCUGUCCCGGUGCUGCCGAGCAGCAACGCCGCUCACACGAUCGCCACGUUUUGUAUCGACUGCCGAAAAGAAGAGCGUGUAGAGGAUGAAAAUAUUCUCCCGGCUGCCGGUUUCCCGUUUUCGACGGUUUGGCUGCGCGUGUACAAUCUGGAGGUUCAGCUGCAGCAGCUGUGCUUGUGUACCUGGUACUAGAUUCCCUAGCUGUUACUGCGCUUGCUGCCCGGAACUGGCGGAGAAGACGCGGUGUAUCGUCCCCCAAAAACCCUGUUUCGUCUGUGCGCCGCCGUGAACGCUUCGUGUUCUGCGUGUUUUUCUUCUCUUCUUCUUUUCUUCCAGCUGAAGUAGUGUGCAUAUAUCCUCCUUUCCCGCUUUCCAACAAUUCCUCCUCAAUACUGCUGCUACAACUACUAUGUA